ACGACACCCGUCCACAGCCACCCAACGGUCCCCUCAUCCUAACCUACAAUUCAAUUCAUCAUCUCUCAACCAGCACAACCAGGUACACCUACUCAGCCUCUCACUCCUCCACGUGCUCGCUUCAAUCGCCGUCCGCACCCAGCAAGACCACCAGACCAGACCAGACUGAGUCGUGAUACCACACAUCAUUCCCUGCGGCUUGCCCUGGCCAGGUUCUGUCACCUCUCCCGGUUGUUGUCCUCACCGCACCACUCACUCUACAAUCCACGCAAUCCAAACCCAGACCCAGGCGCAGAAGCAGACGCAGCACCUUGACCGCUCCUCACCUCGACCCUGCUUCUCACACCACAUCCCUCCCUCCAGCCUUAUCUGGCGACGACUCGCGACUAUCUCGCCCCUGUCACGACAGCCUUCCAUCCUUCCAACAGCCCUUCCCAGCGAAUCAUCGUUCCACGCACAAUUACCCCCUGUUGUCACCGACUUGCCCAAUGUCCUCCCCAUGUCCAAUAGCUCUCCUGCCGGAAGGACGUCCGCGCCUGCCAACACGGUAAAUGGACACUCAAAAGCCCUCCGCCAAAAUGCCGGCGCAGACACUACACCCGGCACCGGGCACUCGCCCUCCUCCUCUUCCUCCUCCGCCCCAUCCUUCAGUGCAAAGCCAAUUGAUAUCUCGCGCACCCAAAAAGGUUCCAGUUCAUACACUUCUAGCGGAAGAAGCCCUCGACAUAGACCUCACCGUGCUGCCACUUAUUUGGACCCCGUCCCUCACCUGUCGGAGCGAGACAGCAUCUUCGCUGAUCACUACCUUCCGGCCCACAAUGACACUUCCUCACCGAGGGAAGGUAUAAACACCCCGCCUUCCUCUAACCUCAGUCGGAAGGCACCUCCUGCCAUGUCCACCAUCAUCUCUCACCCUCUCCCUCCUCCAGAAACCUCCAAGUCUCUCAUAACCGACCUACCCAACACCUUUGAAUGGUCGCCGCGGGCCCCGACCACUGCAGUUGAGCAAGAGUCUGAAAUCCCUCCCUUUCAGUCGCCCGCCCGCCCUGUCCAAGGUCUCCGAAGGAUUGCAUCAGAUAUUCAACCAUGGUCUCCAAUGCUCCAUGUCUCUCGUGGAAAAAUGCCAACAAAGGAAGACUCCCAUCCCGACCUAUCCUUGGAUAGGCAUCUUCAUCAAUCACGCUUUUCGAGAGACCCAAAGCCUCAUGCUGGCAACGAUGUCGCUCAACCACCACCACACGGAGACGCUUCAACAUCAUUGCGAGCCAUUUUGUCGGAAGGUCCCCGGGUUGAACGUAGUCUAAGCCGUGGUCGAGCUCACGUCGAGAAAAGCAUCGAAGCUACGGUCAAAAACCCAGAGACCGGUGGAAAUGCUCGUAGCAGGAAAGCUAGCCACAUGAUGGGAAUAUUCGAUCCACGCUCAGACUCAAAGUCACCAACACCAUUUUCUAGCGAUCGUCUCCUUCAGUUCGGACCGAGUAAGGAUCAGUCACAUUCAUCUUCUCGUCCCACAAGUCCUACCGUCAAGGACACGCUCUUCGGUCGGUCCACCCGUAGGGGUUCGAAAGACGUGGGAGACGACACGCCAAACAUAGCUAGAGAAGCCGACCAACCGCCGGCACCCUUGGACUCCGAUACAGCCUCGUCGAAAAAGCCGAGUCACGAUCCUUACUACCGUCAACAUGAUAUUGCUCAAAGACCCAUAGUACCUCAGAAAUUGCUUGAAGAAAUCCGCGGCAUCAAUAGAGCAAAGGUGCCAUCUGCCGGCAGCGAGAUAAAGGAAUCGACCUCCCGCGAUCGCUCAGGUACUCGCGAAGAUGAAGAGGAGCACAUUUCAGCGGCAGUGUAUUAUCCACAUCCUGGCCCGUCUCCGGAAGAGAUUGAACAGUUCACAUCCCCUGGCGAAACUGAUUCUACGGCGGCCAGAAAGGCUCACACAGACCUACAGUCUGUCAUCUCUGGCGAAAGAAGAACAUCGGAAGCACCUCGCAUCGCUGAACACAUUGAUAUUUCUGUUGUCUCCAAAAACGACAAGAAAAUAUUCCAUGGUAACUAUGAACCCGUGGACCAGAUACGCUCCGACAUGGUUCAAGUCUCGGGAGAGGAGGAAGCUUCCACAGCCAUAUCCAGUGCCUCCGAGUCCGAGUUGGAAUCUGGUGAUGAAUCUGCCCAACAGAGUCAGACGGACGAUGAUAUGUCAACCACUCCAACCCAAGCCACCGUACCAAGGAGAAAGCCAAGCGAGGUUCCAAUCUCCAAAACUAAAGCCAAGGUCAUCUUAGAGCCGUACAAACAUCAAGUGGGUGGCCAUUCGACCAUUUUCCGCUUUUCCAAAAGAGCCGUCUGCAAGCAAUUGAACAACCGAGAAAACGAAUUCUAUGAACACAUCGAACAGCGCCAUCCAGACAUGUUGAAGUUCCUGCCAAGAUACCUCGGAGUGCUCAACGUCACCUUUUCUAAAGUGCCCAAGCAGGGUCUUGGCCCUGAUGCCAAUUCUACAAAGAGUUCCGGGAACAGCAGUGGUCUCGAUCAAGCGACAACUGUUUCCCCGACAGUCGACCAGCCUACCAGGUCCCAGAUCGCUGCCGCACAACAAACUCGAAUAGUGAGCCAUUCACAACAAAUCGGCAGCAUUCCCCAGGUGAUUCUCGAUCAGAACAAGCAUAUCAUACCCUCAGAUUAUUUUGUAUUGCCUGAGAGACCUAGGAGUGCCGAUCCUAGUCAUGGCAGAAGCAUAAGCAAAGACUUUGACCUGACACCUGGCAGAUUUGGCGAGAAGCGAGGGUUGGCAGGAUCUCCACUGCGGCCAGCGCUCCCAGAGCAUGCAAAUAGUUGGGGCAAUACCUCGGUCAAUGAAGGGCUAAAGGAGAAGAUCCUACGUGAGGUCUUUGGGCCGCCGCCUGUUCAGUACUAUCGCCGGCAUGGGCCGUCACCUGGAACGGUGCCGAGGCUGAAGACUUCAACUUCCUACGGCCACCAAUCUCGGCGAAGAAGCAAUCUAUCCGUACACACGGUCCCAUCGAAUGACGGGACAGCCCUCAAGUCGGAACCAAGGAACACGCCAAGGCUUGUGCGGAAGGAGAAUUCCACCAAGCUAGACCUGUCGGAAGUACAGGUACAUGUAGAAGAAAACUCGAGCGGUCCGUAUUCAUCCUCAGCAUCCAACGCAAGCGAGAUGAAAACCCUGGAAAAAGUCCGCACCACCGGGAGUGAUAGGUCUUCCAAUGUCGACAGUAAGCCACUUAUGAAGAGGCGCCAUUCUGGUAUGGGUCUGCGGCGUCGAAGAGGUUCCCUUAGUGAGACCCAGGAACCCAAUCUUGAAUACUUUGAAGAUGAAGCCUACGCCACAGAUGGUCGAGCCGAUGGAGGUGCUGACGUCUUCACGAUGGAUCAAGAAGACCUUAAAGCGCAAGACGAGAAGGGGCUCCGGCAGCAAGAAGACCGCAAAUUCAAUGGCGUCUCCCCUAUCCCCGAGAACAAUGAUCAAGAGGCUCUUGAAAGUCCCUUGAUUGAUGUACCGCUGAAUCCUAAGGAAGCACAGUCUCCAAACUCCGGAGAUCGGGUUGCGUACUUCCUCUUGAUGGAAGAUCUCACAAGUGGAAUGGGUCGGCCGUGUGUACUCGAUCUGAAGAUGGGCACGAGGCAGUAUGGAAUUGAGGCAAGCAAGAAAAAAAGGGACUCGCAACGUCGAAAGUGCAAGACAACAACCUCCCAGCAACUCGGGGUGCGAAUUUGCGGCAUGCAAACUUUUGAUGCCAAGACUGGCAAGGUUUCGUACGAAGACAAGUAUUUUGGCCGAGAUCUGAAAGCAGGGCGAGAAUUUCGAGAUGCGCUGAUUAGAUUCCUGUACGAUGGCAUCAGUUAUAACAGCGUCGCACAGCAUAUCCCAACCCUUCUCCAGAAGGUUUCAAAACUAGAAAGCAUGGUACGGAGGUUGCCAGGCUACCGAUUCUACGCAAGCAGCCUCUUGAUGUUUUACGAUGCCGAACCCCACAAGUCUCGUGAAGCGGAAGAAGCGGCUCGCAACGGGAUCGAUAUUGCACAAAGCAAGAAAAAGGAAGGCAAACGAUGGCCGCCUCCUAUCGAAAUCAAGAUUGUUGAUUUCGCCAAUUGUGUGACGGGCGAGGAUCCCAUCCCUGCGAAUGCUGCAGCACCUCCUGCACACCCGCUCGACGUGGACCGCGGCUACCUACGCGGCCUCAGGACAGUCAAAGCGUAUCUGGAGCGAAUCCUAAGUGACAUCAAGUCGAGCGACGUCCAAGAACGAGAAUACGAAAUGGAGACCACAAAUGGGCACGAACACGGCAAGGAACACUUAGCCUUGCCAAAUAAUGGUAUUCUGGAAGCAGACGACGAAGGGGAGGUCAGUGUCUAGUCAGGGGAACGAAAUAGAGGAACAUUUCUUUGGAGCAAUCCAGCACAGAUUUAUAAUGCAAAAGCGUGGCGGGUUUGGCGAGGAGUGCGGCGUAUUUUUGUCGAUCUGGUGACAGUCGACACGCUUUCCUCUCGGUGUAACGAACAACGCAGUCAUGCUUGGAGUUGAUGAGAACUUGGGCAAAGAGUUCGGAUGCCGCUCGCACGAGCGGUCUGGGAAUGUUUGCUGGGACAUGGAAAGGGAAUGGACGACUGGCCAUCGAGGUACUGUCGCGGUUACUGCUACAAUUAGGUCCCAGUCGAUACUCCGAUGUUGCCACAGGCCGUGGCAUACUGUCUCCAAUAUGAUAUACCAUCAAGUCUACAA